GUUGAUUUUAGUUUCGUUUUCUACAGCGAUUUUUCGUUUCUUAUGCUACAGAGGAUUUGUUUUCGGUUUCGUUCGUUUGGUGUUAUAGAUUGCAUACACAGUCAUUUUUGCCUAGAAUUUCGUAUUCUUGUUGAAAACGCAUGCUGACUAAAUGGGAUUCUGAUUUUUCCAACCAUUUGUUGAUGAAAUAGUCCUUGUUUGCUAUCUAAGCCGUUCACAAGAACCGUAGUUCAGUUAACCUCAUAUUCCCGUCGUCGUGAGCAAUUACGUUUUUAUUGUCGAUUCUUCAUUGUAUUAAAUCGACAGUGGUAUUUGACGAAAACCUUCAGGAAAUAUCAUUGAUGACUGUCCAAUAUAAUCAGUUUGUCCUUACUGGAGGUCCUGGAAUAUUUUUCCGUCUUCUCUUAAAAUGGAGAGGAGGUGUAUUGAAGCUGAUCUCACUUGACCUCAUCAUAUUUGCUUCUAUUUAUACAUUAAUAAGCUGUUUGUAUCGGUUUGCAAUUUCUGAGAACGCACAAAGAAAUUUUGAACGUCUGAUUCUAUUUACUUCCAGGUUCCAAGCUAUGAUUCCGGUUGCAUUUAUCCUUGGUUUUUAUGUUGCCUUAGUUUUCGCACGCUUUUGGAACUAUUUCACGACGAUUCCGUGGGUGAUGAGUUUCGCACUUACUCUUGUUACCCACCUUCCCGGUAGCGCAGAACGCAAUCGUCUGAUACGUCGGACAUGCAUGAGAUAUAUUAUGGCAAAUCUUAUAAUUGCAGCUGCCCAUCUUAAUGUCGUCGUCAAGAAACGUUUUCCAACUUUUGAGCUUUUUGUUGCUUCAGGCGUACUUACCGAGGAUGAAGCAAGAAUUAUUAGAAGUGUACAAUCUGUUCAUAUGCAACCAUUUGUUCCUGUUGUAUGGGCGACUUCUCUUAUCACUUUAGCUAGAAAAGAAGGACUAAUCAAAAAUCCGCAUGCAUACGUUCUUUUGGUAGACGAACUUAACACUUUCCGUCAAAAAAUAUUAUAUAUAAUGAUGAUGGAUGAUGUUUGUAUUCCGUUGGUUUAUACACAGGUUGUCACACUAUCUGUGUACUCUUAUUUUGUCGCGUCUCUUAUAAGUAGUCAAUUCAUCAUCAACAGUUCACCUUUUGCAGGCAUAGCACGUUCGCAUGAUCUUUUCUUCCCGUUUUUCACAUUUCUGGAACUUUUUGUUUAUGUGGGAUGGCUAAAAGUUGCUGAAACACUUGUGAAUCCAAUGGGAGAAGAUGAUGAGGAUAUUGAUAUUAAUGAGAUAAUCGACUUUAAUUGGAGAAUUUCGUGGUGUGUGGUAGAUGGAGUAAGAACAAGUGCACCCGCAAUUGUACGAGACGCCCAUUGGAGACAAUCCGUUGUAGAACUUCCCCAUACGGAACGGUCGAAACGUUUAAAUGUUGGAUCAAGGAAAGGGUCAAUUUAUGAUCUGAAUGUUCCUGUUGGUCCAGAACUACGCGAUCUUAUGGCAGCUUUAUCCACAGCACGACAGAUGCAGAUGUCAAGUACAAACUCACCAGCUCCUUCAAAGUCUACUUAUCCUAAUGAAAGUGAUAGUCCACAUGGUGUAUCAGAUGACCAUAGACAUUCGUUUCCUCACACCACAACUACUAAUGUUGUUCGUGAACCGAUAAAAGAAGAGGAUGAAGAACUAGAAGAUGAACAAUCUGGAAAAGAUUUGAAGGAAAAUAAAGUAAACGAUGAAACUAACGAUUUUUCAGGUAGUCAUACGCAUGAUCACUGUUCAAGGCUCUAAUUAUUAUCUGUUCAUGGAGAAGUAAUAUUUUGUUUAUUUGUCAGUUUAGUAGAUUGCAAGGUGGUGAUGAAUACAGUUCAAAACGUUUGCGAAAAAAGAUUAUUUAUUUUACUUCAACUGCUUUGAUGAUAUCUGCCUAUAUUCAGCUUAAAUUUAUUUUUCAUUAACUUUUUGCCCUUGAGAGUUUUGCUUAACUCCUUCUUUAGUUAAAAUCAUGAUUUAUUUUGGCUGAGAUUAUAUUUUAAACAUCUGUCUGUUCUCUACUUGUCUUUCAUGAAUUGUAUUUUGCUUAACAAACUCAAUUUUGUAGUUUAUAAUAUUUUUGUACUUAGCUUCAUGAAUAUUGAAAUAAUAGAAAGUUUAAAUUUCUUUCA